GCAGUACUUAAGGACCACGCCGCCACCUCUGCAUCCAUUGACUGACUGCUUCAUCCUCCUCUACUUUACACUAACUUCUGUGUUCCGCAUCGUCCCCAACUUCCUGGCGAUUACUCCGCAUUGCCAGCGAACUUGCACGCUUAAAAGCCACCUGAUAGGCGCAGCUCACGCGCCGAGGACAACAAAGACCUCAAUAAGAGCACAGCUCCGGACUGCGGCUGCCACACUCUGCUGGUCCGAUCAACCUCUACUAGACGCUUCCUCACAACUGACGAUUCGACUAACACUCAGCCUCUGCAAAGACGACUGAUUCUGACUUCUCCGCUUUAAGAUAUACCUCAUAGCACACUCUCGCGCUCAUGCAACCAGUGCUUGUCCACUACUGCAGUAUUUGCUCUUACAACACUCCUGUUCCUUUUCAUCCUGCUGUCUUCUCUCAAAAUAACACUUGCAACCACUGCGGUGCAAUAUCAGUCGGCAUCAACUCUCGAGUGAAAGCAGAAGAAGCCGAAGCCAUGCAGCAAGAAGAGCUGGCGCGGCUGUUCUCCAACAACCUGACCCUCUCCUCCUCCCCCGCCCCUCCCCCUCAGUAUUCGCAGGUAGAACAGCCACCGCAACAGCAGCAGCAGGAACCGCAA